GCGGGGGGGCCCGUAGGCCGCACGGCUGCAGCCGCUGCUGGCCCGGGAGAAGCGGGGUGGCUCUUGUGGCCCCAGAGCUGUUGGUGCCUCUGCCAGAAGCAGCGUUUGUAGGCUGUAAGGGUUUCCCUCCCGGCCACGAAUGGGCUGCGAGAGGCUUCUCUGGUUUUCUUCAGCGGAAAAGAUGAAACAAUGCAAUGGUGCCUUCUUCCCGCUGCAGUAGAACUGGCUACUUGUUAUGCAGAAUGUAAAGGACGAUCCCUGCUCCAGACUUGUAUAGAUGGUUAAGUAUGUGGCAUAAACAGAAAACUGAAAAUGAAAGGUGAAAGUCCUUGUUGGUUAUUAACUGCAGAAGAUUCCCGAUGGAACUUCGUGCACCACCCCAUGGAGGCUCCAUGGGGCCAUUCUUCAGCUGCUAUUAGACUCAGUCAUAAAGUUGUUGCCGCCUGCUGUUCGCUUACUAACAGCGUUUAGAAAUGUUAAUUUGACAUGCAUGUGCGUGUCACUGCCAUAAGAAGAGAAGAAACUACUGUCUUAAGUUGUUCUCAGUAAAUCUCAGUGUUGCUUUACAUGUCACGACCUGUCUUUUCUUGACAGAUGCACCAUGAUGGUAAACAGCAUCGAGCUUUCAUGUGGAGAUGAAUGUACAAGUUGAAUAAUGAGCUCUGUACAUGACUUCUCUUCAGAACUGAUAUUUUUGCCUCUACUUCUGAUCUGACACUUAGCCAGAGGGACUUUUGAGCUCAAGUUUCUCAGUAUUGUUCUUACCACAUAAACAGAGGUCACAGUCAUCACUGCUGUGAUGUCCUGGGUACAAGUUGCAGUCAGCCGAUCCAGUGAGGAUAUAUUUGAUGAAGAGGCGGAUGAGAUGUACCUAUUACAGAAGGAAUGGAAUAGCACCAUGAAAAAAAGAUUGAAGGAAGGCUAUAGGGAUGGAAUUGAGGCUGCGAAAGAACUUGCACUCCAGGAAGGCUUUAAUCAAGGUUACAGACACGGUGCUGAGCUGAUGGUUACGUGUGGCCAGUUCAGAGGAACCCUGAAUGCUCUCUUAUCCUGGUGUCAUUUUAAUGGACAUGAUUCUGCUUUAAGUAAGAUAAAUAAACUUCUUGACAUGGUUGGAAAAUAUGAAGAUGAUGUGCUUAAGUAUCUGAAUUCUAUUGAACAACAACCACAUCUUGGACACAUUCUAGAUUCUGUUCAAGACAUGGACCUUAAUCACACAGCUCCAGCUGGGACAGAAUACAAUGAAGUUAAAGCUGGAAAACACGAAGGUGGUGGCAGCUGUGGAGAAAACAUUUGUAGAAGUAACGGUGAGGUUGGUUCCUCACAGUCAGAGUGCAGCAAUGCAAAACUCUGCACAGAUCCUGAAAGGUCAACCCUUGCUUGGGUUAAAAAACAGACUAUUUGGCUAGUAGAGCAACUGGGCUUAUCACUGGAUAUAGUUCAUCAUGUCCAGCAACUCGAACACUAGUUUUUCUGUCUCAUAGUAUUUUAAAAAUAUCUCAACUGGUUUUGAUUCUCAGUUUGUGGACCAUGUACAGGCUGAUACAUCACUUUGUUUUAGGGAAAUCAGAUUUUGAUAGUUCCCAGUAGAGGUAAUUUCUGUAAAUCUUCACCAUGCUUUGGCUCCUUGCAAAAAACACCUUGUUUUCAAUCUUAAAUGUAGCUUUCACAGAAAGGGGAAAUGACUUUUAAAGCUCUACAAAGAUUUACUAAAUAUGUUUCUGUUCUGUGUUAGAAGCUACUGUUUCACCCUUACUUUCUGUUUUGGUGGCAGUUUGGAAUGAAGCAGGUCCCUUAAAUAGCCCUCCAAAUCGGUCCCCUCUAGUACCUAAAAAGUAAAGUGUCCAGUGCUAUGGACAAACUAUUCUUGCAGAAUAAGCUGCUGUUGAUGAUAGGCAAACUCUAUGCAAAAUAGAACAGGAUUUGCUGCUGAUUUCUAGAGUGCUGUCACUCUAGUCACUAUAUAAAAUGUAGGAAUUUUUCACCUUUUGCCAAAUUCUUCCUCUAACGUAACUGCUAUGCAAUGCACUUUCACAGUUAAAAACUAUUUCUUCCCUCUGUCAUACAAUUCUAUUUAUUUCACUUUUGCUGAAAACACACUUCUCUUCAAAUGCAGAAUUACUGGCAAUUCCUUUGUUUUACUGUUAGACAGUAAAGACUGUUUACUCUUCCCCUGUUAGGCCACACUAAACAAGUUUCCAGUCUAAUGAACUUCCUUGUGUUAUUUUUGUGUUUAUUUUGCCAGUCCUUCUCACCUGAACUCUCUGUCCCUCAUUCCCAUAGUGUUUUUCCCAAACUCUUCAAGGAAGCCAGGCUCAUUCACCUUCUCUUAGAAACUCAUUGUCAGUCACACGUGCGUAUUUCUGACAACUUUGUAUUUCUGUGCCAACAUUCUAUAUUUGACUCCUUUUCCUGUUGCUUGCCUUAACUGUAGCUGCAAAUUGCUCUGGUCAGGAAGUCUUUUCUUUGCGAGUGCCUAUGCUGUUUUACAGUAAUUAAACUGAUCUACAGUAAGUUAGGAGUUUAUUUGGUUUAAGUUGCUUCUAACUUCGUGUCUGAGACAAAGCAAAGACAAGACAGAGACAAACUGAAAUUUUAAACAGCCAACCUAACCAUACUAAAAAAAAAUAAUCACAAAACAGUGUUAUAGUUUGAGACCAGAAAAAAGCUAAGGUUAAAAUUACUUGAUUUCCAGAGACAGAGUUUACAACUUUCUCACUAAAGACUCUAUUAUCCUGCCAUGGAGUUGGUAGACUGUAAGUUUGGCUGCCAUUCAGUACCACUCUUGCAUCAGGGGAAAAACAGAGCUGCAAUUAGGAGUCUUUUAUUGAACUUGUUUCUGAAAUAGUGGACAAAUAGGGCUGUCUGCAUUAAUAACAUAUGUGUACAAUUGUUCAAACAACUUUCUUUUUCGCAAUGUAUUUAGCAUAAUGCUGAUAUGGAUAAACAUUACUUUUUUGCAAGUGCAUGUGUUAUGUUGUAGCCUGUAUCAUGUAUGUUGGGCAGAAAUUUCUGCCAAACUGUGGCAGAAUAUGGUGCAGACAAAAUUAAGGGUUACUUGAGCAAUGUUAGAUGUUCCAAAUCUAGAAGUUUAGAAAUUCAAGAGCAUUACUUUAAUAGUGUGCAAAGGGGAAGCUCCAUUCACAAAUUACUAAGUAGACAGUGAGCUUGCCAAGUUCACUCCAACCACUUCUGCAAAAGCAAUCUACGCCAGGGAAAAUAUUUUUUUCUGUUUGAUUUUCAAACAAUAGAUUGUGUGUUUUACUUAUCUUUCAUACCAGCUUCUCUGCUAGCCGUGGAAUUACUUUCCUCCACUCUGCACAAAGUUUCUGUGCUUACUGUGGGGUUACUUUUUCCAUGUUAUCACCCACAGUUUCCAGUUUGGCUGUGGAGAGGUUUUCUUUUGGGUUGUCUGCAAUACUUGGCUUUUCUGUCACUGCCAAAUCUUGCUGACCAGCCACAGAAAGACUUUCUUCAAGACUAUUAGAAUCCGUAAUUUGCUCACAUGAUGGUUCAGGUUUUUGUUUUCUGUUUACUUCCUUGUCUUGUGUUUCACUAUCAGCUUUCACCUUGGCAGCGUUCCUGAAAAUAGCUCUCAUGACAACGGGGACUGACAUGCAACUGGAAGAGGAAAUGAAACGUUAAUCACUACUACAGACUUUAUCCAUUCUUCAGAGUGCUUCUUUUCUUAAACUGCAGCUGACACCUGAGUGAUACCUGUGGUGGAAAAACAGCACUACCUCCUUGCAUCUUUUUGCCUUGUACAACCUGAUAGAUGUUACAUCAUAGCUACAGUAUAGCUAUGUGUGCUACACUGGAAAUAUAUGUUGACACCAUGAAAUCGAGUACUGAAUCUUUGAGCACAGCAGUGCAAAGAAGCUUUGACAGAAAGAGUGGGAGAGUUUGGUCAAAAAAAAUACGGGUGCUUUUAAUGAAAACCUAAACUAAUAAUAUUAAAAUAUAUUCAUUCUUGCUGA